AUGGGCCUCUUCGGCAGCAGCAAGGGCAAGGACAAGGGCACCCCCGGCGCCUCGUCAUCCCGAGCUUCCCCUCCCCCUCCACCGCCGGCGUGUUUCCGCCCUGAACGCCGGCGCCUGCACAUCCCGGUGCACCAAGCGCGGUGGCACUGGGAGUACAGGCAGCCCCUCCCCUACCCCGACGUGACGCUGCCGCACCAUUGGCAUUUGGAUCCAAACCGGAUCCCGAUGCCGGCGGUCCCGCGAACCCAGCGGGCGCACGACGACGAGGUGCACCGGCGCUGCGCGCUGCUCAUGCCGGAGCAGCGUCGGCUGCCCGAGUACGCCGCUGACUCUCCCAACUGGGAGGCUUGGUUCGCCCUCGAAUACGAGGAGCAACGACGCUCGGGUGUCGACGCCAUCCCGCUGCCGUUCCCAUCGCCGCCCCCGGAUGUACAGCCGGAAGACAUGGAGGCGGAGGCGGAGUACCAAGCCGCCCUCGAUGAGGCCCUGCAGCACGCGCUGGAGGCUAGCCGCAUCGAUGAGGAUGCGCACUGGGAUGGGCUGGAGCAAGCCCUUGCCCUGUCGGCGGCGGGGGACUCCGUCCACUCCCCGCUCUUCGUGCCGCCACCUCCACCGUCGCCGCCCGAGGCCUACUCGUGGACGGGCCAGUACUGCGAGUGGGUCAGCGCGCCUCCCAUCCACUUCGCCGCCACGCCGGAGGAGGAGGCGGCCCACCUCGAGCGAUGGAGGGAGCACUGGCUCCGCCAGGAGCAGGCCGACGGCGAGGAGCAGAUGCGCUACGACGCCAUGCUCGAACGCGACGCGGAGGUGCUUCGACUCGAGGAGGAGGAGGAGGAGCGCGCGGCUUGCCAUUGGCCGGCGAUGGCGCGGGGCUCCAGAAAGAAGAAGAGGGACACGAGGAGGAUGGCGCGCGGCCCAGUGUCCGAGCUCCCCGACGACCUCCUUGUCGAGAUCCUCUCGCGCUUGCCCUUCAAGUCCACCCGCUGUUGCAUGUGCGUCUCCACGCGCUGGCGCGAUCUAAUCUCCCACCCGGACCACCGCAAGAAGAUUUCUCAGUCGACCCUCGCCGGCUUCUUCUUUGAAACAUGGGACACAGAUCAGGUGUCUCGUCGUUACCAAAGCGUCUCCGGGAACUGGUGCCCUCGCAUCAACUCCUCCCUCUCAUUCCUGCCCGGAUGUGAGAAACUAGACAUAUUGGACUGCUGCAAUGGCCUCCUCCUCUGUAAAUGCUGUCAGGACACUGAUCGCAAGAUAAUGGAUUACGUGGUGUGCAAUCCAGCCACUGAGAAGUGGGUGGUCGUGCCUGCCACAAACUGGUCCAGCGAGUCGUGCAAAGUUCGCUUGGGGUUCGAUCCAGCCGUCUCAUCACACUUCCAUGUUUUUGAGUUCGUACCUACCUGUGUCUGGGAUGGGGAUAAGAGUGGUGAUCACAGUCAAAGAUGCAUCAAAGUGGUGGGAAUCUACUCUUCCAAAGCUGGAGUUUGGACACGUCAGCGCGCAUGGGACCUUCCAAUUGAAACAGUUCACUUUAUAGGUAGCGCAUUUCUGACCGGGAUCCUGUAUUUAACUUGCAAUGAUGAUUUGGUUGCGACCAUCGACGUGGAUGGAAAUUGCAGUUUCGUUCGUGUUCCUAAACCACACUAUCAAUGUGGUGCUUAUGAUGUUUAUGUGUCACGGGGCCAUUUGUAUUUCGCAAGUUGUGAUGCUUCUGAAAUAUCAAUUUGGGUUUUAGAAGAUUUUAGUACUGCAAAAUGGACCUUGAAGCUCAAUGUCAGCUACAUGCUACUGUUUGGAACAAGGUAUACAAGCCAUGAUGAUCAUUGUUGUGUUAUCUCAGCUCACCCAGAACAUAAUGUCAUAUUCAUCAUUGUCAAAUAUACAUUGUAUUGGCGUUCACUGGUGGAACUAUUUUCCUACGCAAUAGACUCUAAGGAGCUGCGUUCGAUAUGUGAUCUUGGACGGGAAUCCAGCUCCCCUUAUCUUUCAUAUGUUCCCUUGUUCUCAGAGUCACUGGCAGAUGAACACUAAAAGUCUUGCAUAUUGGAGCCUCGCAAUUGUCCAUCUUUCUGAUGAUACCAGAGUUAGGUCAUGAA